AUGAUAAAUAACUGUGUGCUGGGCAACAGUUUAUCAUGCUCUGAUGAGCUAGAGGCAAAAUGUCUGAGGACUACUUCUUCAUUAAAAAAAGCGAAGAAGUAUGUAAAGAAGGCUGAAAUUAAUUCAGCCAUAGAAUCAGAUAUACCUCCAACCCAUGCCACAGAAAUCGAGAAAGUUUCCAACAAAGAUAAGGCUGAGAAGUCAUUGGAGCAUCUAGGCAACAUAUCUAUGAGGUUCGAAAAUUUAGUGCUUGAUCUGCAAGAAAUCAAGAAGAAUCAGGCAGAAAUUUUGGUAUUUACAGCUUCUCACAGAGAAGCAAAAAAUCAUAUUGUCCUGCCUAAUGUUAGAACAUUUGUGUUUCCUUUGGAAAGUACAGAUGAUAUAAUAAAAAUGGAAACAAACUUAACAGAGGAGGGUUUUGCUUCUGAUUUGGUAGUUCAUUUGGCUAUGGUUGGCCAGACUACAUUAAAUGGAACAAUAACAGCUGUGAUGAAAAAAGUUUUUUCAAGAACUCUGGCGGUGCAAUAUUCAGCCAGAGGACGGAAAAACAAGUUAAACUUCUCGGCUUUAAAAUUAUGUGAUGUUGUUGUCAAGGCCAUAAGAGUUAAUUUUCCGAAAGGGACACAACUUGAUAUUAUGAAACGCAUAAGUGUCGUUUUAGCACAGUCUGGAGACUGGAACGGAGGGAAGAAGCAAAGAAAUAUAAAAUAUCCCACUGAAUUAGAUUAUAUUCAGCUAAUUCAGAAUGAGGAUAUAAUCAUUUCAAUGGAUCCUGAUUUAUUAACUGAAGAUCAAUAACAAGCA